AGUGUCGCCAGCUGCCACCUCCCUGCCCUCCCGAGUCACCGGGCGAGGGGGACACCAGCCGCCGCCGAGCUCCUGAGGGACCUGGGACCCUGGGUCCAAGCUGGGGGACCCGGCCGGGAAGUCCCCCAAGACCUCCGGCAGAAAGCAGGUUCACCUGGAGGGGCGGAGAAGAGACCAGGAAGUGGUUUUGGAUCCCAGUAGGAUCGUUUUAAGCAUUCAAAUUAGGGACGCCCAGCAGCACCCCCUGCCAUGAACCCCCCGGCCAGUGGCACCCCUCCAGGAGAGGCGCUCCUGCCCGGCAUGGCUCCCCAGGACUUCUGGAGGUCGCAGGUCUCGGCUUACUCGGGCUCAGUGACCCGUCACAUCAGCCACCGGGCCAACAACUUCAAACGCCACCCCAAGAGGAGGAAAUGCAUCCGGCCCUCCCCACCCCCACCACCCAACACCCCCUGUCCCAUUGAACGGGUGGACUUUGGGGACCUGCACCCCCAGAGAUCCUUCCGGGAGCUGCUCUUCAACGGCUGUGUCCUGUUCGGCAUCGAGUUCAGCUAUGCUAUGGAGACGGCAUAUGUGACACCUGUGCUGCUGCAGAUGGGCCUCCCCGACCAGCUCUACAGCCUGGUGUGGUUCAUCAGCCCCAUCCUCGGGUUCCUGCUGCAGCCUCUGUUGGGUGCUUGGAGUGACCGGUGUACCUCAAGGUUUGGAAGGAGACGCCCUUUCAUUCUUGUCCUGGCGAUAGGGGCGCUACUGGGCCUCUCACUCCUGCUAAAUGGCAGGGACAUUGGCGCAGCCCUGGCUGACACAGCCACCAGCCACAAAUGGGGCAUCCUGCUGACCGUGUGCGGUGUGGUGCUGAUGGACUUCAGCGCCGACUCUGCGGACAACCCCAGCCAUGCCUACAUGAUGGAUGUGUGUGGCCCUGCAGACCAGGACCGCGGCCUGAACAUCCACGCCCUCCUGGCUGGUCUGGGAGGAGGGUUCGGCUACGUGGUCGGCGGGAUCCACUGGGACAGAACCGGCUUCGGGCGUGCGCUGGGGGGCCAGCUCCGGGUCAUCUACAUCUUCACCGCGGUCACCCUGAGCGUCUCCACCGUGCUGACGCUGAUCAGUAUCCCGGAGCGGCCCCUGCGGCCCCUGGGCGAGAAGAGGCCGGCCAUGAAGAGCCCCAGUCUCCCGCUGCCCCCGUCCCCGCCUGUCCCGCAGGAGGAGGCCGCUGGGGAUACAGUCCCCGCCCACGCAGCCACCAGCCUGUACGCCAGCUUCUCCAUGCCCAUCUCCCCGCCCAGCCCGCUCACGCCCAAGUACGGCAGCUUCAUCAGCCGGGACAGCUCCCUGACGGGCAUCAACGAGUUCGCGUCCUCCUUCGGCACCUCCAACAUAGACAGCGUCCUCAUUGACUGCUUCACAGGGGCCCACGACAACUACCUGGCCCUCCCCAGCAGCGUCCCCCCGCAGCCCAUCAGCGUCAGCUUCCCCCGGGCCCCCGAAGGCUUCUACCACCAGGAUCGGGGGCUGCUGGACAGGAGGGACAGCAGCCUGGCCUCCGGCGAUGGGGACGUGCUGAGGGUGGGCUCUCUGGAUGCCCCCAAGCCGCGUGCCUCUGGCAUCCUGAAGAGACCCCAGACCUUGGCUCUCCCUGAUGCAGCCGGGGGAGGCGGGCCCGAAACUAGCAGGAGGAGGAACGUGACCUUCAGCCAACAGGUGGCAAACAUCCUGCUCAACGGUGUGAAGUAUGAGAGCGAGCUGAUGGGCUCCAGCGAGCAGUUGGAGCAGCCGCUGUCACCCCGCCGCCUCUGCGCCACCAUCUGCCACAUGCCUAAGGCGCUGCGUAACCUGUGUGUGAACCACUUCCUGGGCUGGCUGUCCUUCGAGGGGAUGCUGUUGUUCUACACCGACUUCAUGGGCGAGGUGGUGUUCCGGGGCGACCCCAGGGCCCCGCACGCGUCGGAGGAGUACCAGAGGUACAGCAGCGGCGUGGCCAUGGGCUGCUGGGGGAUGUGCAUCUAUGCCUUCAGCGCCGCGCUCUACUCAGCCCUGCUGGAGAAGCUGGAGGGCUGCCUGAGCACCCGCACCCUCUACUUCAUCGCCUACCUUGCCUUUGGUCUGGGCACCGGGCUGGCCACACUGUCCAGGAACCUCUACGUGAUCCUGUCGCUCUGCACCACCUACGGGGUCCUGUUCUCCACGCUCUGCACGCUGCCCUACUCGCUGCUCUGUGACUACUACCAGAGCAAGGCGUUCGCAGGGUCCGGCGCAGAUGGUGCCCGGCGUGGCAUGGGCAUGGACAUCUCCCUGCUGAGCUGCCAGUACUUCCUGGCCCAGAUCCUGGUCUCCCUGGUCCUGGGGCCGCUGACCUCGGCCGUGGGCAGCGCCAGUGGGGUGAUGUACUUCUCCAGCCUCGUGUCCUUCCUGGGCUGUGUGUACUCCUCCCUGUUCGUCAUCUACGAGAUGCCCCCUGGGGACGCAGGCGACGAAGAGCACCAGCCCCUCCUGCUGAACGUCUGACUGCCCAGCGGCGCCUGACUCCGGACUGGUGCCCGUGCCUGGGAGGCCCCGGGCCAGCUCCUGCUGAAUGUAAAUAUUGAGUAAAAUAAAGGACAGCAGCAAAGCCUGGGGCUCCUUGCAGCUCUCGGAGGGUGCCAGGCCAGAGGCCAAAGCUCCUCUCCUGGGACUCGGGCGGGAGACUGAAGGUGGGACUGCUGGGCGAUGGUGCCGCCCCUU